GCUGCAAGCCCAUUGUUUCGCUUCUGUCCGCGCGGACGCUGCAUAAGAGGGGUUUGUACGUGCUUGCGAAAAAACACGACGGCACCGUUCCUAGUAGCUUUCGAGAUGGGGCGUGUAGCACGCGCUCCCUGCUCUCCCGCCUCUUCGGCCGUUACGUUCUCUUCUGCCUACUCUAGCGGCAGCCGGGAGGUGGUCUGUUGCGACUACUGCGCCCGGAACGGGCUGACGCACUCCCCGUACGACCACUACGACCUCUGGACAAAGUGCAUGGAGAGUCGGGGCCCGAUGGCGGCUCUUGAGUUCCUGAUCUGGCUCCAGAUGUGUCUCUUGAGCGUGCUCGUGCCCUUCUUCUUCCUGCUGGUCCUCGGGGUGUACAUAAUGGGAUAUAUCGACCGUACGUACGUCGGCCCGUCUUCGUCUUCCGCCUCCUUUCCGAAGGUGUCCGGGGACGUCUGUAGGUAGGUAAAUGCACCCGCCCCCUUAAUCGCGCAUGUUUCAUACAGAAUUUGUUUAAGCCAAACCCCGGGGAUGUUCGCGUUCUCGAGAAAGUAGGUUGUAUUGGGUUGUACACAUGCGCAUCUGUUUUGUCUAUUCUGUUGUUAUCAGACAGGAGGCGAAAGCGUGGCCUCUUGCCUGGCGUGGCCUGGUGG